AUGAAAGUCCUACCAAUCAUUUUACUGACAAUUGCCGCAGCGGCUUAUUCUGAAAACCUGUGUCCUAAAAUACAAGAAGUUGAUUGGAAAGUAGAACUGCUGUUACCACACAGGUAUUGCAACAAGUUCUAUCAAUGUACUCACGGCCAGCCGGUGGAGAUGUCAUGUCCACCAGGGAGUUACUUCAGCAUAACCGACCAGGUUUGCACCUGGAGGGAAGAUGCUGAUUGUGGAAAUAGAAUAACUAUUGAAGAUUCGAAGCCAGAUGACGGGAAAAGCGAAGAAGUAGAAAGACCUGUCUUGCCUAUUAUAGAAUUUCUUCCAAAUGGUUGCCCGGAUCAGAACAUCCCCGUACAAAAUAUUGUUGCUUUCAGCGGGGAUAACACAAACACUAACUUUGGCGGAAGAGAUAGGAUACAAAAAAAACAGUUGAGUGACAGAUUGAUAAAUAAAUAUUUAGGCAAUCAAACAACACAACUUUAUAACAAACUAAAGAAUGAAGGCACAAUUAAUACAAGUCAAUCCGAAACAUUUGACAAAGAAACAGGAGAUUUCUUUAACACUGCUAUAUGUUAUCUCGAACAGUGGACAGAGCCGAUGACAAAAUUUGAUGUUUUCGCUUGGAUGAUUUUAAAUGAUAUUCCUCAAUGGCAACAAGUAGAAGAAACUACAAAAUAUUUAAAUGAAAAGGAUAUAGGAAUAGAUGAUUCAAUGUAUGAAGAAUUUAUGUACUUAAAAUCGUUUAUUGAAUGUGAAAUCAGCGAUGAAUGGAAAGCUAAAAAUAUGGAAGCAAAAUGGAAACACUUUUUUUGA